AUUAAAACCAAAAGGAUGCAUAAAUCUUCACUUGAGAAGCCAAUGGAAGAUCAGGACUUCCCUCAGAUGGAUAAUCAGCCGAUUUCUGACAACAGGAUUUCCUGUGUGAGUGUGCUGCUGAUUUUCCAGUGCUGGUGCCACAUUACGUUCACAGUUUUAGGCCUGCUCAUAUUCUUCUUCACAGUCUCAACAUGGACCGAUCUAGGAAGUAAGGAUAUAUUCGUCGAGGAUCAUAUUAAAUAACUGGAGGUCUAAGCCUAUAAUUGACAUUAUUGCAACUGACUCUGCCAAGUGCCCUAGUGGAUAUGAGAACUUGAUCAAUCGAGAUUUUGGCACUGUUGCUGGCUGAGAUUGCAUUGGAAUCAAAUCACAGGAGGACAAAAUCCAUAUUGGCAGUUGUGAUGUUACAAAGGCCACUGAUGGAUGCCAUAGUAUCCUUCCUAUGGAUAAAACUACGCUAAGCAAAUUUUUCUCGAAGAAUAUUUGCGGGCUCAGGUCGGGGCAGAACUUCAUUGAUUUUGAAAGACCCAAAAUAGUCAAGGAUCGCUAUACUUGUACGGAGGGCAAAUAGAAUUUGUGGGAGUGGGAAUAUUAAUACGUUAUUUUGAAUUGAUGAAACCCAGAAUUGACCUAUUAAUGAUAUUUAUCUCAUCGAUAGCAACACGACUUAUAGUAAAGAUUACACACCGGUAAUACUUUCUCCUGAUUAUUUGUUAAUUUACACCCGGAAUGGUGCCUUUCUUCCAGUGGUCAGGUUCCAGCUAACUGAAGGGAAGGUGUGCUUUAAUUCAAAAGGGUUUCAGACAUCUAGACAUCGAGAGCUCUAUCCUCUUGUUGACUAUGACAAAUGAUACAGAAGUCUUAGGUAUAAGCCAACAGAUCCGAGAUACAAAAAUAUUGGGAAAAUUAGAGAGGAUAAGCUCUUUAUGGAUAAUGAAAUUUAUGAUGUUGUCGCUGCACUUCCUGAUUACCCUAUUGAGGAUUCAAAGAAGUUCUAUUGGAACCUCUAUAUCAACUCCUACUUCUAUUGGAGUAACUUUUGUGACGAGCAUGAUGAUACUACUCGGGAAGUUUUCAUAAAAAUCUUAGAUGGCAUAAUAGAUGUUAAAAAGCAGAAUGAUUACAUCCUAGAAACUACUAUUUUUCAUGCGUUUGCAAUUUGAAUUGUUCUUCAAUACUUUUUCUGAUAUUUUACAACAUCAGUGUUUAAUAACAGGAAUAAGAUAAAUUCCCCGAUGAGGACGCUGUUCCACUUAUUCACAUAUCCCCUGAAAGUAAUUGGACUGAUCUUCUUGAUCUACUUUUCGGCUCAUUGUUUUAAGACGGUUACUGCAUUCCAGGACACUAUGGUAUCGGUGACUGUAUCAGAAUGAAGUCCUGAUUUUACCACACAGGCUUUCUUUGCGUAUGAAGAGUACCUCCAGAAGGUUUACUCCAUUACUACAAGAGUGAUCAUAUUCUCGUCCCUAAGCUUGGUCUGUGUCUUCUUUGACCUGAUCUGAGAGCUUAGCAUCAGAGGCAUCUUGAGGUCAACCUAUGGAAAAUUAUUUAGUGAAUAUGUUGAAUAAAUUCAAAC